CUGACGACAGUUGCUGGUUCUGCUGAUGCUGUCUGGUGCUUGACAGCCCUGGAGCUGAGGAAGGAAAGGCUUGGUGUGGAGCCCAGUGAAUGAUCGCAUCUGUAGCGGGUUGUAGUGUUCGACAGGCCGGAAGUCUUGCAGUUCUUCGGAGCUAACCUCGAGGGCUGCAGUUGGGUAAGCUCUGGGAGCAGUGAGCUGAAGAGAAACGAGGGCUUGAGAGGACCAGGCAACACAGAUGCAGCAGAGGGGCUUGCAAGAAGGUGGUUACGGAGGUACAACACAGUAAACAAAGGCGAGUGCGAGAAUCAUCAGGGAAAACAGAAAAUUACAACAUGACUUCAAUUGAAGAACGGGAGGAGAUAAAAAAGAGGCUAAGGUCCUGAGGAACAAAAGUCCGAACUGUCCUAAAAAUGAUGCAAGGAUACACAGAUUCUCACACAGCAUCUGAAUAAUCUACCUUGGGCAGCUGACUGCAUAUAAUUCCAAGCAGGUGACAGGGCCGCAGAAGGCAAGGGCUUGUUCUGUCAGUCUAGUAGUGGAGCUGGUGGAGAAGGUAGGGCUGGCUUUGCCUGUGGUGUACAGCUUGCUGGCCAGGUUCCCCAAUCAGUUCUCUGCACUGAGUGGCCAUGUCUGUCAGUGAGGCCGGAGGAGGCACCCCUAGGUUCUUUUUUGGUUGCGAAGAUGGAGAAGGAGAUGAGCUAUUGGAUCCAGGGAAAGUCUGUGACUGCCUUUAUGAACACGUGGAGGAGGACGAUGAUGAAGAAUAUGAAUCUCCGCCAGAAAGGCAGAUUGUGAUUGGAAUCUGUGCCAUGGCAAAGAAAUCAAAAUCCAAACCCAUGAAGGAAAUCCUGGAACGCCUUUGCUUAUUCAAGUACAUCACUGUUGUGAUAUUUGAAGAAGAUGUCAUACUGAAUGAACCUGUGGAAAACUGGCCGCACUGUGACUGUCUUACUUCUUUUCACUCUAAAGGCUUUCCUUUGGACAAAGCAGUGGCGUAUUCAAAACUAAGGAACCCAUUUGUUAUCAAUGAUCUGGACUUGCAGUAUCACAUUCAGGACCGGAGAGAAGUAUACCGAAUUUUAAAGGAGGAGGGAAUCUUGCUUCCACGUUAUGCUGUUCUAAAUCGCGAUCCUGACAAACCUGAAGAGUGCAACUUGGUGGAAGGAGAGGACCAUGUGGAGGUGAAUGGAGAGAUUUUCCAGAAACCAUUUGUGGAGAAGCCAGUGAGUGCCGAAGACCACAACGUAUACAUUUACUACCCAACAUCAGCUGGAGGGGGGAGCCAGAGGCUUUUUCGCAAGAUUGGUAGCAGAAGUAGUGUGUAUUCUCCAGAGAGUAAUGUCAGAAAAACUGGAUCCUACAUAUAUGAAGAGUUCAUGCCCACCGAUGGUACUGACGUAAAGGUUUACACUGUGGGUCCCGACUACGCUCAUGCUGAGGCUCGCAAGUCACCUGCGCUGGAUGGCAAGGUGGAACGAGACAGUGAAGGGAAAGAGGUUAGAUACCCAGUCAUCUUGAAUGCCAGGGAGAAGCUGAUUGCUUGGAAAGUCUGCCUUGCUUUUAAGCAAACUGUUUGUGGCUUUGACUUAUUGCGUGCUAAUGGGCAGUCGUAUGUCUGUGACGUCAAUGGCUUCAGCUUUGUGAAAAACUCCAUGAAGUACUAUGAUGACUGCGCAAAAAUUUUAGGAAAUCUCAUAAUGAGAGAGCUGGCUCCACUUUUUCAAAUCCCUUGGUCAAUCCCACUGGAGGCUGAAGAUAUUCCUAUUGUACCAACGACCUCUGGCACCAUGAUGGAGCUGAGGUGUGUGAUAGCUGUUAUUCGACAUGGAGAUCGGACACCAAAACAGAAGAUGAAAAUGGAAGUCAGACAUCAAAGGUUUUUUGAUCUGUUUGAGAAAUGUGAAGGAUAUAAGACUGGGAAACUAAAAUUGAAGAAACCAAAGCAAUUACAGGAAGUUUUGGACAUUGCAAGGCUGCUUCUUGUAGAACUGGGACAAAACAAUGAUUCAGAAAUUGAAGAAAGCAAAGCCAAACUUGAACAACUGAAAACAGUACUGGAAAUGUAUGGGCACUUUUCUGGGAUAAAUCGCAAAGUCCAGUUAACUUACCUUCCUCAUGGAUGCCCAAAAACCUCCAGUGAAGAAGAAGAUAACAGACGAGAGGAACCGUCCCUUUUGUUAGUCCUCAAGUGGGGAGGAGAGCUGACCCCCGCUGGCCGGGUCCAGGCUGAGGAGUUGGGGAGAGCUUUUAGGUGCAUGUACCCAGGAGGACAAGGGGAUUAUGCUGGAUUCCCUGGGUGUGGUUUAUUGCGUUUGCACAGUACCUAUCGCCAUGACCUGAAGAUCUAUGCCUCUGAUGAAGGCAGAGUUCAGAUGACUGCUGCUGCCUUUGCCAAGGGUCUGCUAGCCCUUGAGGGGGAGUUGACCCCCAUCUUGGUCCAGAUGGUAAAAAGCGCCAACAUGAACGGAUUGUUGGACAGUGACAGCGACUCUCUGAGCAGCUGCCAGCAGCGUGUUAAAACCCGGCUCCAUGAAUUCUUCCAGAGAGACAGAGACUUCACCACCGAAGAUUAUGAAAAGCUAUCUCCAACUGCAAGCAUUUCGCUUAUCAAGUCAAUGCAGAUGAUUAAAAAUCCUGUAAAGACAUGUGAUAAGGUCUACUCUCAGAUCCAGAGCUUGACAUCGCAGAUAAGGCAGAGGAUGGAGGAUCCAAAAUCAGCAGAUAUCCAGCUUUACCACAGUGAAACUCUUGAUCUUAUGCUGCGUAGAUGGGCAAAACUGGAGAAAGACUUUAAAAUGAAGAAUGGAAGAUUCGACAUAAGCAAAAUCCCUGACAUUUAUGAUUGUAUUAAAUAUGAUGUUCAGCAUAACAGCUCUUUAAAACUGGAGAACACAAUGGAACUAUACCGACUUUCAAAGGCAUUAGCUGACAUUGUCAUUCCUCAGGAAUAUGGUAUAGCGAAUGUGGAGAAGCUGGACAUUGCUAAAGGUUACUGCACUCCUCUGAUCAGGAAGAUCCGUUCAGACCUGCAGAGAACACAGGACGAUGACACUGUAAAUAAACUUCACCCUGUGUAUUCCCGAGGAGUUAUGUCACCAGAACGGCAUGUUCGGACUAGGUUAUAUUUUACCAGUGAGAGUCACGUUCACUCACUUCUUUCCAUUUUACGUUACGGGGCCUUAUGUGAUGAGACCAAAGAUGAUCAGUGGAAGAGGGCCAUGGAUUAUCUAAAUGUUGUCAGUGAGCUUAAUUACAUGACUCAGAUUGUGAUUAUGCUUUAUGAGGACCCAAACAAGGACCCUUCAUCUGAGGAACGUUUUCAUGUCGAGUUGCACUUCAGUCCUGGAGCAAAGGGUUGUGAAGAAGACAAAAAUCUACCAUCAGGUUUUGGAUACAGACCAGCCUCUCGUGAGAAUGAAGGUUCAAAGAAAAAGUCCCAGACUAAUGACAGUGAUGAGGAGCCCAAUGCAGCUAAAAGGGAUGAACCGGACAGGGCCCCAGUGAUGUUCCGACCAAUGGUCUCGGAUCCCAUCUACAUUCACAGAAAGUCACCCCUACUGCGCUCCAAAAAAAUUGGCUCAAUAGAAUUCCAGGAAGAGAGCCCCCUGAGUGUGUCUAGCCCUGAGUGUAUUGGUACCUGGAUGCAUUACACCUGUGGUGUGGGUACUGGGCGUCGAAGACGCAGAUCAGGGGAACAAAUAACUUCUUCCCCUGUCUCCCCCAAAUCACUGGCUUUCACAUCCAGUAUUUUUGGCUCAUGGCAACAGGUCCUGUCUGAGAGCAAUAGCCAUGCACGAGUUACCAGACUGCAUGCAGAGCAGAAGCACACUGGAAUGGGCCUGUUUAGCACUAUGGUGCUCGGGGGUUCUUCAAGUGCACCUAACCUACAGGAUUAUGCUCGCACGCACCGUAAAAAGCUGACUUCAUCUGGCUUCUUAGAUGACGCCACACGUGGUUCUGCUGUAAAAAGAUUUUCUAUCUCAUUUGCUCGACACCCAACCAAUGGUUUUGAGUUGUAUUCCAUGGUGCCUUCGAUUUGCCCACUUGAGACCCUGCACAAUUCCUUAUCACUUAAGCAAGUGGAUGAGUUUUUGUCUUCUGUUGCUGUAUCAUCCAGCGAAAUGUUCUUGGAAACGCCAACUCCUUCCCCAGCUUCAGCUGUAAGUUACAGUGGAAUAACAAACCGUAAAACAUCACUGAAUACAUUCACUCCUGCAAAGAUUCUGCCGUCUCCAUUUUCACACUCUGCAAAUAAGAAGGCUGCAGACAGGGCAUCAGUUGUGAGUAGUGGGCUGUCCAGCACCGUGCUGAGUGCUGGUCCGUCCUCUCUAAUACAGCUUUCAUCUCAUGGAACCCCUGAUAACAAAUUGCUGUUGCAAAAGAAAAGUGAAGAAAAUGAAACGCCACCUGGACCCUGACCUUUUAAAAUAAAUAAAUAAUCUAAAGCCUUAAUAGUUACGCUGUGGUUAAACUGGGCUUGUGCACAAGACAUUCAUUUUUCUUUACAUAAGCUUUGAUAAAAAGGCAUUUUAUCUAUUUCAGGGAUUUUUUUUCCCCUGUGUUUUAUGUAUGUUGUAUAUAUUGAUCCUGAAAAUACCAAGUGCUCACAUAAUGUAUAUAUUUUUAUUUCUGUUGUCUGGUAUAGAUCACCAGAUUAUUUGAUUUGGUUCUGUGGGCCGACCGAUAAAGUUAACUUUGAAAAGUCGUGCCACUGUAAGGCAAAUACAGUUUUUGUAUGAAAAGUGUAUAUUAAAGGGUAUGCAGAGAUUUGCAAAUUGAUUUCUGUGUACAGUAUACAUGGCUUUUUUUUUUUUCUUUUUGUUUGUAGUCACCCAAAAAUAGUUGUGUUGUAUCUUACAUUUUUAUGUAUUUGUGUUUUAUUGCAUUGUUUAACAUGUUUCUUUAAGUAGACCAUAAUGUGUAUUCAUUAAUUAAUUUGGGCAAACGUUCAUUUUGUGUAUUGCUCUUUUUUAAGUAUUACAGUUACCAAAGAAAACUUAACUAGCCCAAAUAUGUAUAUGUUCGGGGAAAAAAAAGAGUCUGUUUAUAAAAAUGCCCUUUAGUCAAUAUAGUUUUCAGAUGCAGGUGCUACAAAAAAAGUAAUGAUAUGUUGAUAGUUUAUUGUUCUCUUAAUUUUACAGGAAUGUUUAGGUUGUUUUAAUUCCCUUCACAAAAAUUAUUUGAAGUAUUCUGGUUGCUAGUAAUUAACUUUAAGUACUUCACUUGCUGUAAAAAAACAAUCUCAGUAGAAAUGAAAUGUAUAUUAGGUGUUAGUGAAUGUAUUAUAAUAGUGUCAGUAUUCAUGUACAUACUAAUUAAGCAAUAAAAAUACAGUAGUGUUGGAUCAGUA